AGAGAUGCUCAGUCUGGAGUAAACCCUGGAAACAGCAGGAGCCAGGUCAUGAGUCCAUCUAUGCAUUUGACACAGAGGAAAUUACUCUGGGAUAUGUCUGCUUCUAAAAAUACUAAAAAUAAUUUUUUGGAUACAUAUGGAAAUAAUUAAUACUUUUCGGAACGGAAUCUGUGUAUCUUCAGCUGAACAGGUGUGCAAAACUUAAUCUUAUCAUCGUGCCUUUUCGCGUAGAAGAGCAGGAAACUUCGAGUUUGGAGAAAUAUGGAUAAACACGGGAUUUAUGUAACUUAAAACAUAUUUAUGACAAACAUAUGACAAACGCCAAUUCUGCCAGCAUUUAAAAUAGCCUACAUGUGAUUUAAACAAAAACUUGUGUGAGAGGAGAACAUCUCAUCCUAAAUAGCCUACAACCACCAGCCCCAGAUGUACAAUGAAAAUGAAAUGACAACACAUCAGAAAACACAGAAGCCAUGAGAAAAACUGAAUCAUACGGAAACUGUCGCGUGGAAUUGGCUCUAUGAUGGAGCGUUUAGAAAAGCCGCGGUUCUUGCGGAUUACUCUUCUCUUCACUAUCCUAUGUGAGUCAAUUUCUUGUUGUGAGAGGACUCACUCACAUGCUGAAGAUGAUCUCUUCAAAAAGCUCUUUGAUGGCUACAACAAGUGGUCAAGGCCUGUACCAAACACCUCUGAUGUUGUCAUCGUCAAGUUCGGUUUAUCUAUCGCCCAGCUGAUUGAUGUGGAUGAGAAGAAUCAGAUGAUGACAACAAAUGUCUGGCUAAAGCAGGAGUGGAAUGACUAUAAACUACGCUGGAAGCCUUCAGACUAUGACAAUGUGACUUCUAUCAGGGUUCCGUCUGAACUUAUCUGGGUCCCGGAUAUAGUCUUGUACAACAAUGCAGACGGGGAGUUUGCAGUGACCCACAUGACCAAAGCCCACCUCUUCCACACAGGUAAAGUGCGCUGGGUUCCACCUGCCAUCUACAAGAGCUCAUGCAGCAUCGAUGUCACCUUCUUCCCCUUUGACCAGCAGAACUGCAAGAUGAAAUUCGGCUCGUGGACUUACGACAAAGCCAAGAUCGACCUGGAGCGCACCGAGAACACGGUGGACUUGAAAGAUUACUGGGAGAGCGGUGAGUGGGCCAUCAUCAAUGCUGUUGGCACCUACAACACCAAGAAGUAUGACUGCUGCCAUGAGAUCUACCCAGACAUCACCUACUUCUUCAUCAUUCGCCGUCUCCCGCUCUUCUACACCAUCAACCUCAUCAUUCCCUGCUUGCUCAUCUCCUGCCUAACCGUACUGGUUUUCUACCUUCCGUCAGACUGCGGUGAGAAGAUCACACUGUGUAUCUCGGUCCUCCUCUCGCUCACUGUCUUCCUGCUGCUCAUCACAGAAAUCAUCCCGUCCACCUCGCUCGUGAUCCCACUCAUCGGCGAAUAUCUGCUCUUCACUAUGAUCUUCGUCACCCUGUCCAUCGUUAUCACCGUCUUCGUGCUUAAUGUCCAUCACCGCUCGCCCAGCACUCAUAAGAUGCCCCACUGGGUCCACUCUGUCUUCUUGGAUUUGAUCCCGCGGUGGCUGUUUAUGCGCCGACCUGCACCGGACAGCCAUCGCAGGCAGAAACUUCUCCUCCUGCAGCAGCAGGGCCAAGGAAUGACGUCCCGGGUGCUUGGACCGGCAAACACAACCCUCAGUACGUCUACUAACUGGUUCCGUGGGGAGAACUCUGGGGAGGAGUCCCGCAGGCGCUUCUGUUAUAAGGACUUAGAGCUGGGGACUUUGUCCUCCGCAAUCUCAGUUUCACUCCAAACUGCUUCGCCCUGCCAUCUUGGCUCAACUCCACCUACUCUACAGAAUUUUGGUCCUUCCCCAAGACUGGAGAUGGGCGUGGCUUCCAGGCAGCCCAGUGGAAGAGCUACAGUCACGAAGCGGCCUGAAAACCUGAUGGCAGACAAGGCAGUGUUUCCUCUGUCUCCCAGUGUCCUGCAAGCUCUGGAGGGGGUCCACUACAUAGCAGACCACCUGAGAGCUGAAGACGCUGACUUUAGUGUAAAAGAGGACUGGAAGUAUGUUGCUAUGGUAAUAGACAGAAUCUUCUUAUGGAUGUUCAUCAUAGUGUGUUUGCUGGGCACAAUCGGGCUGUUUCUCCCGCCCUGGCUUGCAGGCAUGAUCUAGAAAACACUCAGUGAGUAGCUUACAUAUGAACAAUUAGGACUUCUAACUUAUGGGCUUCCACUGGAAGAACCAGCAUGGUGACACAAUGCCAAUCCUAGCAGGGAUAUUUCCCCUGCAUGUGGUAAGAAAAUGCAUGUUUGAUAUCAGGAAUGUGGCACCAACCGCCUGAUUUUUUUAGGACAAAAAUUAAGAGACAAGCUUGUAUAUGAAAAUGCUUGUAUUUGAAUGUACUGUAUAACCUUGAAUAUUAUUGUCCAAAUUAAAGGCCAACUGGACAAGA